AUGCUGAAAUUCUCUGUGGCCGCAACUGCUCUACUCCGCGGAGUCGCAGCUGGAGCAACGACAUCCCCAUGCGAUGCUUUGAAAGCUGCCGGUCUCGGUGAACGACUGAUCUUGCCUGGCGACGCAGGGUAUAUCUCCGAAGUGAAUUCGUGGUGGGCAAAGAACGGCCGCCAAAAUGCAGACUGCUUCGUGUUACCUCAUACGCGCGAAGAAGUUGCCACUGCGCUUACAGCGCUAACGAGCGGACCCAUAGCCGGUGGAAACUCAAGCAUUGCCGUGCGCAGCGGCGGCCAUAAUGCGGCUGGGUUUAGUAGCACCGCUAAUGGCGUAACCAUCGACCUGAGCCCCUUGAAUGCGACGUCCUAUAACGCUGAAACCAACAUUGCAAGCAUCGGGCCUGGCGGGAAGUGGCAGUAUGUAUACAAAGAGCUCUUCAAGCAUGGCAUCACUGUUACCGGCGGUCGUGAUGGCGAUGUUGGCGUUGGUGGUUUUCUUCUAGGCGGUGGCAACUCGUACUACUCUGGACGGCAGGGCUGGGGGUGCGAUAGUGUGAUCAAUUUUGAGGUCGUGUUAGCCAACGGGACCAUCAUCAAUGCGAACAGGACGGUGAACGCCGACUUGUGGCAAGCUCUCAAGGGCGGCGGUAACAAUUUCGGUAUUGUCACACGAUUCGACAUGGAGGCCGUGCAAGCACCGCUGAUAUUCACCGACACACGUUUCUUGUCCAAAAACUACUCUUAUGCUAUGGUGGAUGCAGUUGUUGGCUUUGCUGACUCCGAUGAGUCGUUAGCCGACGAUGCCUUUUUUACCUUCUUCAGCCACGAUACCGACACUAGCCCUGAGAUAUUUUCUGCUGCGGUCCAUGUUAAUACUCAGGGUAUCACAAACAACCCCACGCCCUUUGAUGAGGCACGAUCCCUACCGGCUUUACAAAAUUUUACUCUAGUAGAAGAUAUUGCAACCGCUGCUGCUCAGUCUCAAGUCGCACCGGGCGCCUGGAGUUACGGCAUGACGUUGACAUUCAGCAAUGACAAGCAGAUCGCGAACUACGUUGUCACACGCCAUGAAGAAUUCGUCGAGUCUCUGAAAAAGCUGAUGGCGCCCGAAGACUUCUUCACGCAGAUGUUCCUUCAGCCACUGCCUUCCUACCGUUGGUCGAUCGGUAAGCAACGCGGUGGUAAUGUCCUCGGGCUCGAUGACUUAACGAACAACGCUCUCCUAUACACGGCUGGAGUGGGGAUGUUUUCAGACGAUGCGCCGCGUGACGAGGCGUAUGCGCUCUUAAUGGAGAUGGAGGACGAGGUUGUCGCCUUCGCCAAGUCUGUGCAAGGAGAUAUGGAAUUUAUUUACAUGAAUUACGCAGACGCAGGCCAGAACCCUCUGGGAACUUACGGGGCUUCGAACAUUGAGUUCAUGAAGGAUGUUGCGGCAAAAUAUGACCCUACCGGCGUGUUCCAGACGCUCAUUCCGGGCGGAUUCAAGAUUCAAAAUGUCCAGUAG